UAGUUUGUCAACGACGCUUUUUCUUUUUCUUCUUCCUCUGCCGCAAUUUUGUGCUCUGCUUUUACUACUAUUACUUGCCUACGAGAAAGACUUCUACUGCAGCGGUUACAGGCAUUGAUUAUUUGAUAGCAGACGGAGAAUUAGAGAAGGGAAGACACUUUUGUUGGGUCGGCUUUCGUUGUUACCCAAUGCCUCUGAACGAAUCGGUAAUUGCAUAGGUUCUUCACUUCAAUGGCGAACCCUCGGCUUCGUGGGUUCACUUGGUGGAGGCAAAAAUGGGCAAGAAAGGACUGGGCGAUCGCGGCUACAGGAUUCACACUUCUCAUGCUGGUUCUCAUAGCCACCUUCGACAAUUGGAGUCAAGAGACCGAUUCGAGUUUAAACCGAUUUUUCAAUCCCGAUCCCGCUCUUGUCGAUUUGACAUUGUUAAGUCAUGCCAGGGAGAAAGGAGCAGUUUGUUUAGAUGGGAGUGCACCUGGAUACCAUUUCCAGAAGGGGUUUGGCUCUGGUGCUAAUAAUUGGCUUCUUCACAUGGAGGGAGGAGGUUGGUGUGAAACAGUCGCAUCGUGCUCAACACGUAAAAGGACGGCAUUAGGAUCCUCAAAGUACAUGGAUCGCGUAGUUCCAUUUUCGGGCAUUUUAAGCAGUGACGCUUCACAGAAUCCUGAAUUCUUCAACUGGAACAAAGUCAAAAUACGAUAUUGUGACGGUGCUUCUUUCUCUGGAAAUCCAGAAAAGGAAUUUAAGAAUGGAACAAAGCUUUUCUUUAGAGGUCAGAUCAUCUGGGAAGCAAUAAUGGAUGAACUCCUUUCAAUAGGAUUAGCUCACACUAGCCAGGCUAUUCUUUCAGGAUGCUCUGCUGGUGGGCUGGCAACUCUUAUACACUGUGAUGAUUUCCGGGAACUGUUGCCGAAGGAUGCUAUAGUCAAGUGUGUUUCAGAUGCAGGAUUUUUCCUUGAUGUGGAAGAUAUUUCUGGGACCCGUGCUAUUCGAUCUUUCUACCAUAAUGUUGUCGACCUCCAGGGUGUAGUGAAAAGUUUGAACAAAGAUUGCAUAUCCAGGAUGGAACCAUCUCAGUGUUUCUUUCCACAAGAAUUUAUUAAGAACAUAAAGACCCCAGUUUUCCUGGUCAACCCGGCUUAUGACCUUUGGCAGAUACAAAACAUUUUGGUCCCAGAUUUGUCAGAUCCUCAUCAUGACUGGCUAAAAUGUAAGCUAAACAUAUACAAUUGUAACCGCAGGCAGAUUGAAGUACUACAAGGGUUCCGGAAUUCAAUGCUGAAGGCACUGGGAGAAUUUCAGCGAAAGAAGAAUGGGGGAAUGUUUAUAAAUUCUUGCUUUGCUCACUGCCAGACGUGGAUGGCUGACACAUGGCAUUCACCUAGCUCUCCAAGAAUCAAUAAUAAGACAAUUGCAGAGUCUGUUGGUGAUUGGUACUUCAACCGGAGAGUAGUCACGGAAAUUGAUUGUGCAUAUCCAUGCAAUCCCACUUGUUUCAAUAUCAUUCUUGGUUGAGGCCAAUUGAUCCAAUAUUUCCCUGGCCGGGAAUCUUAUUGCUAGAUAUCCAUGGUAUGGAAAAUGAAGGCAGAGAAAGUCUUACUAAUGACUUCGCACUACUAUGAUGAUGAGAAAUUUGUGUAGAUGGCUGGUUUGUGCAUCAUGGUCUCUGUCUGCCUGUCACUUCGUAGUCUGAUUUCGUGUUCUUGUCUUCUAAUUGUUGUGUAUUUGUUUCCCAUUUUGCAUUUCUUAGGUUCAUCAGAUAUGUGACUGACUUUUCUUUUACUUUAUUGAACCUUGCUAGUUUCUGAAGGUUGUUAGAUUUAAAGAAAGUCUAUGAUAUGGUCCCAAUUCUCUGUUC